AAAAAAAACACACACACACACAAAAAUAACACUAUAGUACGAUAAAGUUUUUUUUGGCUCCUUUAAUAUUUUCUCAAUUCCCACCUUCAAUGGAGAUACUUCGCUUAUUAUGGUUUACUAUUAUGUUGUUAUUCUUUAGUCAUUUAAUCAAUGUAGAAGGAAGACAUCAUUUUUCCAAGAAACCAAAGAGCAAAAAUAUUAGUUAUGCUCCUAGUCCUGUUGAUGUUCAUGUUGAUGAACAACCACCAGCUUCUUCUCCUGCUAGUAAUGUUGUUCCGUCGGACCCGAGUUACGGAGGUCCUGCUGGUUCGACUAAUUCAGAUUCUGGUUGCGUUUUCGACGUGACUGAGUAUGGAGCCAUAGGAGAUGGCUCAACGGAUGACACUGAUGCAUUCAGAGCUGCUUGGAAAGAAGCAUGUCAAGUUGAAUCAGCUGUGGUUUUAGCUCCAGCUGACCAUGUUUUUAUGAUCACUUCUACCAUUUUCUCUGGCCCUUGUAAACCUGGACUUGAAUUUCAAGUAAAUGGGAUCCUAAUGCCACCAGAUGGACCAGAUUGUUGGCCAAAAGAAGAUAGUAACAAGCAAUGGCUUGUGUUUUACCGACUUGAUAAUAUGACUUUUACCGGCACUGGUACUAUUGAAGGUAACGGUGAAAAAUGGUGGGAAUUACCUUGCAAACCUCAUAGGGGACCUAAUGGCUCAACUUUACCUGGACCAUGUGAUAGCCCUGCUAUGAUAAGGUUUUUCAUGAGCUCAAAUUUGGUGGUGAGAGGUUUAAGAAUACAAAACAGUCCAAUGUUCCACAUGAAAUUUGAUGGGUGUGAAGGAGUAUUAAUUGACCAAUUGUCAAUUUCUUCCCCUAAACUUAGCCCAAACACCGAUGGAAUUCACAUUGAGAACACCAAGUCCGUGGGAAUCUACAACUCCGUUAUAGCCAAUGGCGAUGAUUGUAUAUCAAUUGGACCUGGCAGUUCAAACGUUGAUAUUGAAGCCGUCACAUGUGGGCCCAGUCACGGGAUCAGCAUUGGGAGCCUAGGGGUGCACCAUAGCCAGGCAUGUGUAUCAAACAUAACAGUCCGGAACGCCAUAAUACGAGACUCAGACAACGGAGUAAGAAUAAAAACAUGGCAAGGAGGAUCAGGAUCAGUAACAGGAUUAUCAUUCGACACAAUUCAAAUGGAAAAUGUGCGCAACUGCAUAAUCAUAGACCAAUAUUACUGCAUGACAAAAGGCUGUCAAAACGAAACAUCUGCAGUUUGUGUUAAAGACAUCUCGUACAGGAACAUUAAAGGCACGUACGAUGUUAGAAGUGCUCCAAUUCACUUUGCCUGUAGUGAUACCAUUGCCUGUACUAAUAUUACAAUGUCUGAAGUUGAACUUCUUCCACACGAAGGCGAGCUUGUCGAUGAUCCUUUCUGUUGGAACGCGUAUGGGAUUCAACAAACGUUAACGAUACCUCCAAUUGAUUGUUUACAAGAUGGAAUGCCUCAGUCAAUUGGUGAGGAUGCAUAUACCUGCAGCUGAUGAUCGAUCGAGGAGUUCACUUUACUAGUAGUACUAUUUUUGUUUAGUUAUAUAUAGCUUUAUUUUAUAAGCUAUUUUUUGUAGGUCAUUUUGCUAUAUAGUUUACUAGUCUCCAUCCCAGUCGGGGUUAGUGUCCCUGUGUGAUGAUGAUAAUACUAGUUGUAACAGAUAUAUAUGGUCUAUUUUAUUGACCUGUUUUCUGUACUAGAGAGUGAAAUGAAAUGUCUACUAAUAAAAUCAUUUAUUAAAGAGCUUCUUUA